AUGAUGCAAAACAGUGAAACAACUGCAGGACAGCCACAGUACGGACAGAGGAUGAUUUUUACAGGUCCAGAUGGAAUCGGAGACUAUAGGCCAAGAUCCAAUUACUUUACCCGGUACAUCGGUGUGGGUGCCACAUCACCUGAGGCCACAGGUGACCUCAGUUACCUGUGCCGAGCUCCACCAGAUGCCCUCCCACCCAUUCCCAGGCAGAGCUAUGUGGGGGAGGUGGGCUGGGGAUGGCAAUAUAACCAGCUGUUAAACAGUGGGACGCUGAUCAGCAAUAUGCAAAUUAAGAAAACAGACAUACGGGCAUCGUUGGAGAACAAAGUCACUCAAAAGUUUCAGAGCACAAACUCAGCUGAUAGCAGAGGAGGGACGAGAGUGAAGGUGAAGGGCCCAAAUGAGACUGGAAACACAAGUACUGGAACCACAGGAGGAUGCAGCUCAAAGAGUCACUGCAGUGAGACAGCAUCCUCCCUCUGA